AUGGCACCAACCCAGCGUGCCCGAGAGUUGAAGCGGCAGAAUGCCCUCGACUAUAUAGAGAGAACCCGUGCCUUCGUCACCAACUACAACGAAGAGCAACAGCAUCUAGUCGAACCGAGACUAGACCGUUUGGAGAAAACCUGGCUGGUUUUUGAAACAGCGCAAGAUGCCUUGGAGGAGCUAUCAGAAACUCCUGAGCAAGAUGCCGAGAACCGCAAGCUUCGAGGAUCAGCUGAGGAGCUAUACCUACAGCUGAUAGCCGAACUACAGCUAUUGUUGCCUAUAGCCCCCAAAAAAGAAGUCAAGGAUGAAACUUCAAAUCCACGUAUAAAGCUUCCUACCAUUUCCUUGCCGGAAUUCACCGGAAACUAUAGCGACUGGAUCACAUACCAUGACACCUUCUUGUCUAUGAUCCACCAGUCGGCUGAUAUUUCCGAAGUGCAAAAAUUCCACUACCUGAGGGCGUCUUUAAAAGGCGAACCGGUUAGCCUUAUUCAACCGAUAGCGCUUACCGCAGCCAAUUAUAAGGUAGCCUGGAAUACUUUGUUGGGACGCUACUCCAACAAACCUCUGUUGAAAAAGAAGCACGUAAGAGAGCUGCUUACUUUCCCAAAAAUGCCGAACAGCAGUGUAGAGGCGAUACAAACCACCGUGGACGCUUUCCAGCGUCACACCCAACUUCUUGAACAAUUGGGAGAAAAUGUGCAACAGAACUGCUCCAUGUUCCUAGUUGAGCUCCUAGGAUCCAAGCUGGAUGAAGCUUCGUUAGCCGCAUGGGAAGAAGCACAAGGCGACCGCGAACCUACAUUUGCAGGCAUGCUUGUCUUUCUGCAACGCCGAGCCCGUGUGCUAGAAACGAUCGCCAUGUCUAAAGGUUCAGAUCCAAAGCCUAGUAAAAGACCCACACUACCAAAGAUGAGUGCACAUCCUGCUGUGUCCGCUACAAAGGAACCACCAAAAUGCCCUGUAUGUAAAAACCAGAACCAUCAGCUAAUUCGUUGUCCGCGCUUUGCCAACCUUAACUCGAUCGCCCGGAACGAAAUCAUUAAGGAAAACAAACUGUGCUUUAACUGUUUCGGAGCUGCUCACUAUACCCGUGAUUGCACAUCAAAGUACAGCUGCCGGCAGUGCGGAAAAAGGCAUCACUCUAUGCUACAUCCCGACAGUGAAGCAAAUCCAUCUUCCGAAAGUGUAUCAACGACAAUGAUGGCCACCGCUGCGCAAGGAAGUAUUACCAAAAAUAUUCUUCUAUCUACAGUGGUAAUUCAAAUACGAGAUGCGUAUGGCCAACCUCACAUGGCAAGAGCAUUGUUGGACAAUGGCUCCCAACCGAAUGCCAUCAGUGAACGGUUGUGUCAACUACUGCGGCUUCCAAGGCAAAAAACGAAUAUUGCCAUUACCGGCAUUGAUAAAACCACUACAACUGCCAAACAUCUGGUUACUGCUGAAAUCCAGUCCCGCACAACUAACUACAAGCGCAGUAUAACUUUCCUGGUACUUAGGAAAGUAGCCAGUGAAACACCAACUACCACCAUCCCAAUUCACCAUUGGCACAUACCACCAGGCUAUGCUCUCGCGGACCCAGAGUUUAGCAAAUCCGGCCAGAUCGACAUCAUUAUUGGCGCGGAGCAUUUCUACUCCCUGUUAAUGGAAGGACGCCAUCCUCUUCCGGAAGUAGGAAAUGUGUUAGUGGAAAGUGUCUUCGGCUGGAUUGUAACAGGAUCAAUGCCGAAUAUUAAUCCACCGGUGACUGUUAGAUGUCACACCGCAGCUUUCGCUCCUACCGUCGAUGAGCUGCUACCACGAUUUUGGGACAUCGAAGAACUGCAAGACAACGCACUAACCAACGAAGAAAACAAAUGCGAAAGGUAUUACCAGCAGACCAUCUCCCGUGACCCAUCGGGUCGAUACAUCCGUAUGCCGAAACAUUCUGAACAACUCUUAGGUGAAUCCAAGCCAACUAUUAUUCGGCGUUUCCAUCCGCUCGAAAAACGUUUACCACAAAAUCCUGAGAUUCAGAGUGCAACCCACGCUUCCUGCUUGCAUCACGUAUCCGGAAAGCAAAACCCUGCUGAUGUACUAUCCUGUAGAAUUCCCGCCGACAUAUUGGUCCAUAGCGAAGUAUGGAAAUAUGGUCCAUCAUGGCCUCGAGAAGAAAAAUCGUCGUGGCCUAUCUCAUCUCCUGCUUGUUCCAAUCUAACUGACGAAGAGUUAGAAGUGAAAAAGGACGUCGUAUUACUUAUGCAGACAACGCAGCCAAAUGACAUCUUCACCAGAUACUCCUCAUACCAGACUCUGCUGAGAGUAAUCGGAUUUUGCUUCCGCUUCUUCAACAACGCUCACAGUCGAACCAACCAGAAUAGCGCUUACCUACACGUGGAUGAACUGCAACGAGCAAAAAUUGCACUAGUGAAGCUAGUCCAAACCGAAUGCUUUGCCAAGGAGAGUACUCAACUUCAGAAAAACAAACUAGUCAGCAGAACUUCGUCACUCCGAUUGCUGAAUCCAUUCCUAGACGAUGAUGGGGUAAUACGAGUUGGUGGUCGACUACGCCGCUCCGACAUUCCAUAUGGAGAAAAACACCAGCUUGUUAUUCCGGGAUUUCAUCCAUUCACUCGUCUAUUAAUCCUGUAUCACCACAUGUACCUCAAGCCAACACACCGCAAAGCAGCAUCCCGCAAAUGUAACAUUUGUGUUUUCGUUUGCAUGAGUACUAAGGCAGUGCACCUAGAGCUAGUCUCCGACCUUAGUACCCAAGCGUUUCUAAUGGCCUUGGAUCGCUUCAUUUGGAGAAAAAAUAAACCUCAGCACAUUUACUCGGAUAAUGGCACAAAUUUCAUCGGUGCCAAGAAUGAGCUGCACAACAUCUACAAAAUGCUGAAAGACGACAACGAUGAAAUCGCAAAGCACCUUACCAAAGAAGGCAUCCAAUGGCACCUCAUACCACCGCGUGCACCAAACUUCGGAGGAUUGUGGGAGGCAGCAGUCAAAGUUGCGAAGACUCACCUAGUUCGACAACUCGGUUCUUCGUUGCUAUCGUACGAAGAACUAUCGACUGUUCUUACCAAAGUGGAGGGUUGUAUGAACUCUCGUCCGCUGAUGCCUCUAUCCGACGAUCCCAACGACCUUUCGGUGCUCACUCCAGCACAUUUCCUGGUGAAAGGAUCACUACAACCUCUACCUGAACCUGACCUGCAGCAAGUACCAACCAACCGGCUAAACCAGUAUCAAAGGCUGCAAAGAUACUCGCAGGAUAUCUGGCAUCGUUGGAGGAACAAGUAUCUCAAAACCCUGAACAUCCAACAUCACGCCAAUAGACAAGCUCGCCAAAUAGCAGAAGGUGAAAUUGUUAUAAUGAAGGAUGACCAGCUUCCUCCUGCGAGAUGGCCACUCGCCCGUGUGAUCUCGCUGUACCCUGGACCGGAUGGCGUUGUUUGA